AUGAGGGUGCUCUGUGCCUUUCCUGAAGCCAUGCCCUCCAGCAACUCCCGCCCCCCUGCGUGCCUAGCCCCGGUGGCUCUCUUCUUGGCUCUGUUGCUCCAUCUCUCCCUUUCCUCCCAAGCUGGAGACAGGAGACCCUUGCCUGUAGACAGAGCUCCAGGUUUGAAGGAAAAGACCCUGAUUCUACUUGAUGUGAGCACCAAGAACCCAGUCAGGACAGUCAAUGAGAACUUCCUCUCUCUGCAGCUGGAUCCGUCCAUCAUUCAUGAUGGCUGGCUCGAUUUCUUAAGCUCCAAGCGUCUGGUGACCCUGGCCCGGGGACUUUCGCCCGCCUUUCUGCGCUUCGGGGGCAAAAGGACCGACUUCCUGCAGUUCCAGAAUCUGAGGAACCCGGCAAAAAGCCGUGGGGGCCCCGGCCCGGAUUACUAUCUCAAAAACUAUGAGGAUGACAUUGUUCGAAGUGAUGUUGCCUUGGAUAAACAGAAAGGCUGCAAGAUUGCCCAGCACCCUGAUGUUAUGCUGGAGCUCCAACGGGAGAAAGCAGCUCAGAUGCAUCUGGUUCUUCUAAAGGAACAAUUCUCCAAUACUUACAGUAAUCUCGUACUAACAGCCAGGUCUCUAGACAAACUUUAUAACUUUGCUGAUUGCUCUGGACUCCACCUGAUAUUUGCUCUAAAUGCACUGCGUCGUAAUCCCAAUAACUCCUGGAACAGUUCUAGUGCCCUGAGUCUGUUGAAGUACAGCGCCAGUAAAAAGUACAACAUUUCUUGGGAACUGGGUAAUGAGCCAAAUAACUAUCGGACCAUGCAUGGCCGGGCAGUAAAUGGCAGCCAGUUGGGAAAGGAUUACAUCCAGCUGAAGAGCCUGUUACAACCCAUCCGGAUUUACUCCAGAGCCAGCUUGUAUGGCCCUAAUAUUGGGCGGCCCAGGAAGAACGUCAUCACCCUCCUAGAUGGAUUCAUGAAGGUGGCAGGAAACACAGUGGAUGCAGUUACCUGGCAACAUUGCUACAUUGAUGGCCGGGUGGUCAAGGUGAUGGACUUCCUGAAAACUCGCCUGUUAGACACACUCUCUGACCAGAUUAGGAAAAUUCAGAAAGUGGUUAACACAUACACCCCAGGAAAGAAGAUUUGGCUUGAAGGUGUGGUGACCACCUCAGCUGGAGGCACAAACAAUCUGUCAGAUUCCUAUGCUGCAGGAUUCUUAUGGUUGAACACUUUAGGAAUGCUGGCCAAUCAGGGCAUUGAUGUUGUGAUUCGGCACUCAUUUUUUGACCAUGGAUACAAUCACCUCGUGGACCAGAAUUUUAACCCAUUACCAGACUACUGGCUCUCUCUCCUUUACAAGCGCCUGAUUGGCCCCAAAGUCUUGGCUGUGCAUGUGGCUGGGCUCCAGCGGAAGCCACGGCCAGGCCGAGUGAUCCGGGACAAACUAAGGAUUUAUGCUCACUGCACAAACCACCACAACCACAACUAUGUUCGAGGGUCCAUUACACUUUUUAUCAUCAACUUGCACCGAUCAAGAAAGAAAAUUAAACUGGCCGGGACUCUCAGGGACAAGCUUGUGCACCAGUACCUACUGCAGCCCUAUGGACAGGAGGGCCUGAAGUCCAAGUCAGUGCAGCUGAACGGCCAGCCCUUAGUGAUGGUGGACGAUGGGACCCUCCCAGAACUGAAGCCCCGCCCCCUGCGGGCCGGCCGGACAUUGGUCAUCCCUCCAGUCACCAUGGGCUUUUAUGUGGUCAAGAAUGUCAACGCUUUGGCCUGCCGCUACCGAUAA